UUUAAGUGUGGACUUCUGGGAAUGUGGGGGUGUUUGUCUUUAUGUAUUCUUAAGCAACCCGAGAGCCAGGGCUGCCUCCACUCCAGAGUGGUCAAAAUAGAGAAAAAAAUGGUGGGAGGAGACUGCUUGGUGAGGAAGGGGAGGGAAUAGUUGGCCUAUAUACACAGAGAUGUCAGACCCGGGAGUUCACUUUAACAGAAAAUAGUUUUAAGAGACUCUUGACUGCUAAGCUGUAAACUUAGAUAAAAGUAAGAAGCUUGAAGGAUCACAGGUUAAUUAAGCUCUUUUUACAGAAUUAUUCAGAUUUUCUUCAAAAAUGAGUUUUCAUUCUCUUCUAAAGUCUUUAAAUAGCAGGGCUGACUGAGUCCACGUGUAAACCCACGCAUGUGAAGUAUUUUCUUCUUGCGAGUGCUUCUGUGUGAGCGACCAUGCCGGAGCCGGAGAGCAAGCUCUCGGUCCAGAGGGGCCUCACCUUCAUCACAGGCCUGGUGGAGUGUCUGUGUUUUGCUGGAGCCGUGUUUGGAUGGGCGUCUCUGGUUUUCGUUCUGAAGGAGGAGGGCUACUUCAUCUCCAUGUGUGUCAACACCACAACAGUCAAUGGAACCCAAUCUUUAGAUUGCAGCGCUCAAGAUGAGCAGUUCUCACUUGUUUUCACCAUCGCCUCUUUCCUGAACAAUUUCCUCACCCUUCCCAAUGGGUUUCUCUUUGAUCGCUUCGGUACAACAGUGGCGCGGCUCUUUGGAAUAUUUCUUUACACAAUGGGUACCUUGAUGGUGUCCUUCUCUACUGCAGCUCUGGAUUACCUGCUCUUCCCAGCUCUUUCCCUCCUGGCUGUUGGAGGAAUUUUGAUUCUGAUGACAAACAUGCAGGUUGGAAACUUGUUCGGCUCACGUCGCUCCACAAUCAUCACUCUUUACAAUGGAGCCUUCGAUUCCUCCUCAGCCCUCUUCCUCAUCAUCAAGUUGUUGCAUGAGGUUGGCAUCUCUCUCCGAGGAUCCUUCCUCUUUCUGUCUGCCUGCAGCAUCGUCCACGUCCUCAGAACUGUGUUCCUGCUGCCCAGGAAAUUCAUUCCUUACCCGCUACCGGAUCACUACACCUACGGGAUGAAUUGUGGGAAAUCUGAGACAGCGGGGACAGAAGUAGCAACAAACAGUCCCCAUAAAACAGCAGAAGAAACACCGCUCACCAAGGAUGCCCCAGUGAAACAAGAGAGGAGUUUCAGGGAGUGUUUGAUGUCCAGGUUCUUUGUCUGGCACCUUCUGUGGUUGUCAGUGAUGCAGCUCCGGCAUUAUCUGUUCAUCGGCACCCUCAACCCCAUGCUGCAGAGGCUGACCGCCGGAGAGUCCUCACUUGUGAGCCAGUACACCAAUGCUUUCGCUGUCACCCAGCUGUGUGGCGUGCUGUGCGCCCCCUGGAAUGGUCUUAUUAUGGACAGACACAAAAGCAGACCUCGCGCUGCAGGAGAGACGGAGCAGGAGGCAGAUCUGCGAGCCUCUGUGCUUUCUCUGUUCCUGACGGCGCUGCAGUGCGUGCUGUUCUCCGUGUGCGCCUCCAGCCCUUCCCUGCCGCUGCAGUAUCUCACCUUCGUCCUGCAGGUGCUCAAUCGGUCCUUCCUCUACGGAGGCAACGCAGCUUUCCUGAGUGUCGCAUUUCCUUCUUGUCACUUUGGAAAGCUGUACGGUUUGGUCAUGGCCCUGUCCGCCGUCUUCUCCCUUCUGCAGUAUCCUUGCUUUGCUCUGGUGAAAGGAGCUCUGCACGGAGAUCCUUUAUAUGUAAACAUUGGUCUAACACUUCUCAGCCUGUUGGCCUUCAUCCACCCCCUGUCUGUGUACCUGCACUGUCGACGUCUGGCCUCUCAGCGAUCCAAGAGCAGAGACACCACUACCUCCUCUUAAAUGGACACAAUUAGCCUUUUAACACAUCAGUAUAUGCACUUCAACAUGUUUAGCUGGAAAAUGAACGGAAUAAACAGGUUUAAACUGCCUGUAGAUUCCCCUAAAUGUUACAACAUGGUACUGCAAUCCAAAACCCAUUUGUUUUUGUAAGGGAUUGAAAAGGGACCGGGAAGGAACAUGUUUGAAAUACCUGCAGCCAUGGAGGAUGCAGCUUUGAUCAUUUUAUUGUUGUUAGUUUUCCUACAUUUUCAGUGUUUCACUUUUCAUUUUUACUUUUCAAAAAGAAUUUUAGCUGAUUGUGAGUUUUUCUUUAUGCCUGCAGCUAAGUAUUACAGUCAGUCAUGUGGUGCUAUAACAAGCCUUUUGGGCGUUUUUCUUUUUAAUGUUGUAUUUUUUAUAACUGUGUCAUUUAUAUUUUUUACACGUUUUUUAUUUGACUGAAAGUCAUGCAUUACAUGUUUGUUUUUUUGCAUAGUGCAUAGUAGUCACUGACCCUUAGAAGGACAUUAUGGGGGAAAAAACGUGCCAAAAGUGGAAGAUGGAUUUUUGAUUGCAGCACCAUCUGUUGAAGUUAUGCUUGAAUACUUUUUGAAAUCAAAUAACUGUUGAAUAUUGUGAAAUGAUAAGGGAUGUCUAGAUUGUGGUUCAGAUAGAGGAGUAGCAUUUUUUAGAACACAGAGAAAUACAGAAAUAUGCUUGACUGACUGAAGUGGAACUCUGCCACCUGCUGGCCUCAUGGAGAACUAAUAAAAAAACUAACAGGCUGAACAAAAUAUUCACUAUUAAAAAAGAUUAACCUGCACUAAUAAUUGUAUUUAUGUAGGAGCUUUUUUUCUACUUGAAAAACGUUGGUCUUAAAAGGGAUUUUCUUUUGCCAAAAAGUCUGUUUUUAAGGUUAGGAAAAGCAUCCUGUAAACAAUGUCCUAAGCAUAAUUUACUAUUUUUAUCAUAUGCAUUGUUACUAUCAUACAUUUUUAAAUGUUUAGGGAAUUUAUGUUGAGAUCUGGCAGCCUUGUUGAUGGGAAACAGUGCCACCUACAGGCAGUGAGGAGUACCACAAUAAAGCCUUUCCUGUUCAUGUUUACGCUACAUCUGGGAAAAUAAAAUUUGGAUUUACUACACUCAUGUUUUCUGUUUACUGUGUUCUUGUUCCUUUUAUGAAUAUUUGUAUUAAAGCAUCUUAAAUCUCUA